AUGGGGGACGACGAGAAGCACGUCGAGCAGGCGGCCCUAGAGCACGAGGACCUCGACGACAAGUCUGAAACCGAGCGCACGCCGACUCGUCGCUCGCGGCGCAUGCAUGCUCAGGACGAGCAGGAGGACAUGGAGGCCGUCGUGGAUGCGCCGCCCCCGCCGUCGCCGACAGCACCGCACAUGGACGGCACAGAGAGCGGCGAUGAAGGCGUGACGCGAUGCGUGUGCGGAAGCCCUGACGAGAAUCUGGGGCUGAUGAUCCAGUGCGAGACGUGCAAGUCCUGGCAGCACUGUGCGUGUAUGGGCAUGCACACGGAGGAAGACUGCCCGGAUGUGUACUACUGCGAGCAGUGCCGCCCAGAGAACCAUAUCGAGCUUCUGCGCUCACUUGGAUUCCUCUCGGCCAAGAUACAGCGGCGCGGCACGUCGCGCCAAAGUGGGCGCCCGAUGUUUUCCCGCGAAUCGGCCCAGGCCCUACGUGAGGCCCGCGAUGCCAUCCGGGAGAUGGCCAUCGAGAAUGCCGCGCGCUUGCGUGGCCAUGCGCCCAGCAAGCCUGCCGCAACGCCCCGCAGCGCGUCGGAAUCGCGCGCAAUGCCCAAGCGGCGCACGAUGAACAGUCGCGAUUUUGGCGAGGACGGCUGGGAGCCCAUCCCACCAGAGCUCUUGCGUGAAGACGAGAACGACGACCAUGAUCAGGACGAUGCUUUGGAUCGUAAGCGCAAGCGAUUCUCGGACGAGGCGAACGAGCACGUCGCGUUGGACAAGCGGCGGCGCACCGAGCAGCGGCGAUCGGCUCAGCCGCCCGACGAGACGCAUCGCGAGACGCCGCAGCCCGAAGCACGCCUCCCGCGCAAAUCGAAGGAAACAGAGAAGCCGAAGCAUGCAAACCAGUACACAUACCGCCACAAGCAAGACGAAGACACGCAGCCAGCGCCAGCGCCGCCGAGUCUCGCUCGCUCACGCGAGGGACGUCGCCCAGGGCGCGCGCAGGACAGUGCCAGUCGGUCUGGCACGCCUCAGCCCGACGCAUCGCAUCGCGCCACGGCUCAUCAUACCCUGCCAGAGCACCUCUCGCACCUGGCGUACCUGUUACCGCCCGCGCUGGAGGACGAAGAGCCACGAGCACCGAUGCAGCCACCUCGGCCAGGCCUGCCGCCGCCAUUUGAGUGUGUGACACCGAUCGACACCUCCAUCAAGAUCCGAUUCCCACAGAAGCGCAUGACGAUGGGCGAGAUGCGCAAGCGCGUGCGAGUGACAGGCGAAUACAUGACGCGCAUCCAGCUGGAGGCCGUGGAUCGCGAAAAGCGCGUGGCCUUCCUCCGAUCCGUCGUGAGCGGCGACAAGCCUCCGACAGACGAGUUACCUCUGAGCAUGCAGCUCGCCGAUCAGCUGUCGCGCGACUUGGCCGCCUUUCAGCGGCGUUUUGGCAUGCAAGGCACGCUGGGCUCGCGCACAGACGACGUGGCGUCGGAUGCCUAA